AUGGCGGAUGUUGCGGGAAAGCGGCCGUGCGGCCCGGGUGAACAUGGCCAGAGGAUUGAGUGGAGGAAAUGGAAAAAACAGAAAAAAGAGGAGAAAAAAAAGUGGAAAGACCUGAAGCUGAUGAAAAAACUUGAGCGGCAGCGAGCACAAGAAGAACAGGCAAAGCUCCAGGAGGAAGAGGAGGCAGCUCUGCAGAGGGAGGAUGGAGGGCGGCCUUACACCCUGAGUGUGGCCCUGCCUGGUUCCAUCCUGGACAACGCACAGUCACCUGAGCUGCGAACCUACCUGGCUGGCCAGAUUGCCCGAGCUUGUGCCAUCUUCUGCGUGGAUGAGAUUGUGGUGUUCGAUGAAGAGGGCGGAGAUGCCAAGUCUGUGGAGGGGGAAUUCAUGGGAGUUGGCAAGAAGGGGCAGGCGUGCAUACAGCUGGCCCGCAUCCUGCAGUACCUGGAGUGCCCACAGUACCUGAGAAAGGCGUUCUUCCCUAAACACCAGGAUCUCCAGUUUGCAGGGUUGCUGAACCCCCUGGACAGCCCUCACCACAUGCGACAGGAUGAAGAAUCAGAGUUCCGGGAGGGCAUCGUGCUGGAUCGGCCCACCCGGCUGGGUCAUGGCUCCUUUGUCAACUGUGGCAUGAAGAAGGAGGUGAAGAUUGACAAGAACUUGGAGCCUGGACUUCGAGUAACCGUGCGCUUGAACAAGCAGCAACUCCCAGAAAGCAAGACCUACCGUGGGAGAGUGGUGUCAUCUCAGGACCCUCGUAUUAAAGCUGGUCUCUACUGGGGCUACACUGUCCGACUGGCCUCCUGCCUCAGUGCUGUGUUUGCUGAGGCACCCUUCAAGGAUGGGUAUGACCUGACCAUUGGCACGUCAGAGCGAGGCUCAGAUGUGGCUUCCGCCCAGCUCCCCAACUUCAGACAUGCCCUUGUGGUGUUUGGGGGCCUCCAGGGACUAGAAUCUGGAGUGGAUGCUGACCCCAACCUGGAAGUGGCUGAACCCAGUGUCCUCUUUGACCUGUAUGUCAACACCUGCCCCAACCAGGGUAGCCGUACCAUCCGCACCGAGGAAGCCAUCCUCAUCUCCUUGGCUGCCCUACAGCCCAGCCUGACCCAGGCAGGUGCCCGGCCUGGCUGA